UACCUGCUGGCAGCAAUGACAAAGGCUGCGAUGUUGCUGGUGGGGAGCCAAGGUGCCAUCUCAGCCACUGAGGUGCUCCUUGUGGCUGCUGUCUUCUGCCUGGUCUUCCUGCUCCUGCAAUCCCUUCAGCAGCACAUACCCAAGGGGCUGAAGAGCCCACCGGGACCCAGGGGCUAUCCCAUCCUUGGGAAUGUGCUGGAGCUGCGGAAGGACACGCACCUGGCCCUGACCAAGCUGAGCCAGAAGUACGGGGAUGUGAUGGAGGUGAGGAUUGGCAUGCGGCCCGUGCUGGUGCUGAGUGGGCUGGAGACCAUCAAGCAAGCCCUGGUGAAGCAAGGAGAGGACUUCCUGGGGCGCCCUGACCUCCAGAGCUUCCAGUACAUUUCGAAUGGGCAGAGCCUGGCCUUCAGCCCCGACUCUGGGGAGGUGUGGAAAGCCCGCAGGAAGCUGGCCCAGAAUGCCCUGAAGACCUUCUCCAUUGCCCCCAGCCCCACGUCCUCCUCCACCUGCCUGCUGGAGGAGCACGUCUCCAAGGAGGCUGAGUACCUGGUCACCAAGUUCCUGCAGCUGAUGAAGGAGGAGAAGAGCUUUGACCUUAACCAGUACCUGGUGGUCUCGGUGGCCAAUGUCAUCUGUGCCAUGUGCUUUGGCAAGCGCUACGAUCACAAUGACCAGGAGCUGCUCAGCGUGGUGAACCUAGGCAAUGAAUUUGGGGAUGUGGCUGGUGCUGGCCACCCUGCUGACUUCAUCCCCCUGCUCCGGUACCUUCCCAGCCGCACCAUGGAGCUCUUUAAGGACAUCAACAGGCGAUUCAACAUCUUUGUGCAAAAAAUUGUGCAGGAGCAUUACACCAGCUUUGAUAAGGAGCACAUCCGGGACAUCACGGACUCGCUGAUUGAGCACUGCCAGGAGAAGAGUGUUGGGGAGGAUACCCACGUUCAGCUCUCCAAUGAGAAGAUAAUCCACAUUGUCAACGACCUAUUUGGGGCAGGCUUUGACACUGUGUCCACUGCCUUAUCCUGGAGCCUCAUGUAUGUUGCCUUGUACCCCAACAUCCAGAAGAAGAUCCAGGAAGAACUAGACCAGACCAUCGGCCGGGAGAGGAGACCGCGGCUGUCGGACCGGGGCACGCUGCCCUACACAGAGGCCUUUAUCCUGGAGAUGUUCAGGCACUCCUCCUUCCUGCCCUUCACCAUCCCACACAGCACAACAAAAGCGACGGUGCUGAACGGAUACUACAUCCCAAAGAACACCUGUGUGUUUAUCAACCAGUGGCAAGUGAAUCAUGAUGAGAACCUUUGGAAGGAACCCUCAGCCUUCAACCCUGAGCGGUUCCUCAACCCUGCGGGGACGGAGAUAAACAGGGCAGAGAGUGAAAAGGUGUUGUCUUUUGGCCUGGGGAAGAGGCGAUGCAUUGGGGAGACCAUCGGCCGCUGGGAGAUCUUCCUCUUCCUGACCACCCUGCUGCAGCAGCUGGAGUUCAGCCUCCGCCCCGGGGAGGAGGUGGACAUCACCCCUCAGUACGGACUGACCAUGAAGUACAAGAAGUGCGAAUGCUUCCAGAUCAAGCAGCGUUUUCCCAUGAAAAGCUCUCCAUAAGCCACCAGAAGAAGGAAAGCCAGCCCUCAGCGUCAGACAGCCUGCUUUUGCUAAGGCACAGCCCCUUGUGUUGCUUCGCUGGAGGCUUGUUCCUCUCAUGGGGAUGGGAGCAGGGUGGGACAAAGCCGGCUUUGUCGGGCUCUUCGUAGCGCCUGGAGCCAGCUCCAUCACCCUUUCCCGCAUGGAUGUUCACCAGAGGUCCAGCACUCAUGCCUCUUGGAGAGAUCCAGGGGGAUU